CCGGCACCGGCACCGGCACCGGCACCGGCACCGGCACCGGGCCGUUGGGGCGGCGGGGACGGCGCGGGAGCGCGGACGGAGGAGCCGAGCUGACCUGCCCGGGCUGCAACACCUCGAAAGAAGCUGCUGCAGGAUGAAAAGAUGGCAGCGCGGCUGCUCGCACCACCAGGCCCCGAGAGUUUUAAACCCUUCACUCCGGAGUCCCUGGCCAACAUCGAGAAACACAUCGCGGAGCUGAAGAAGAAGCAGCGCUCCAAGCAGGACAGCAGCCACCGGGAUGACGACGAAGACAGCAAACCAAAACCAAACAGUGACCUUGAGGCGGGCAAGAAUUUGCCUUUCAUCUACGGGGACAUCCCUAAAGGGCUGGUUGCUGUGCCCCUGGAGGACUUUGACCCUUAUUAUAUGACCCAGAAAACCUUUGUAGUACUAAACAGAGGGAAAACACUCUUCCGAUUUAGUGCCACACCUGCCUUGUACAUUUUAAGUCCUUUUAAUCUGUUUAGAAGAAUAGCUAUUAAAAUUUUGAUACAUUCGGUGUUCAGCAUGAUCAUCAUGUGCACCAUCCUGACCAACUGCGUGUUCAUGACUUUCAGUAACCCGCCCGAGUGGUCCAAGAACGUGGAGUACACAUUCACCGGGAUUUAUACGUUUGAAUCACUCGUGAAAAUCAUUGCCAGAGGUUUCUGUAUAGAUGGCUUCACCUUCCUGAGGGAUCCCUGGAACUGGCUGGAUUUCAGCGUCAUCAUGAUGGCAUAUGUCACAGAGUUUGUGGACCUUGGGAAUGUCUCAGCAUUGAGAACUUUCAGAGUUCUCCGAGCUUUGAAAACUAUCUCUGUAAUUCCAGGCUUGAAGACCAUUGUGGGUGCCCUGAUCCAGUCUGUGAAGAAGCUGUCGGAUGUGAUGAUCCUGACAGUUUUCUGUCUCAGUGUCUUUGCCCUCAUUGGGCUCCAGCUGUUCAUGGGCAAUUUAAGGAACAAAUGUGUGAUUUGGCCAAUUAAUGUGAACGAGACCUUCCUGGAUAAUGGCUCCAAGGGCUUCGACUGGGAGGAAUACACCAACAAUAUGUCAAAUUUUUACAUCAUUCCUGGCGCCCCCGACCCUUUGCUCUGUGGUAACAGCUCCGAUGCAGGCCAAUGUCCAGAGGGAUACACGUGCAUGAAGGCAGGACGGAACCCCAACUACGGCUACACGAGCUUUGACACCUUCAGCUGGGCUUUCCUGGCUUUAUUUCGCCUUAUGACUCAGGACUUUUGGGAAAACUUGUAUCAAUUAACUUUACGAGCGGCAGGAAAAACCUACAUGAUCUUCUUUGUGCUGGUGAUCUUUGUGGGAUCCUUCUACCUGGUGAAUCUGAUUCUGGCUGUGGUGGCCAUGGCCUACGAGGAGCAGAACCAGGCGACCCUGGAGGAGGCAGAGCAGAAGGAGGCAGAAUUCAAGGCCAUGUUGGAACAAUUGAAAAAGCAGCAGGAAGAAGCACAGGCUGCUGCCAUGGUCACCUCGGCAGGGACGGUGUCUGAAGAUGCUGUGGAGGAUGAUGGUGGGGGGAGGAUGUCUCGGAGCUCCUCGGAGAUUUCCAAACUCAGCUCCAAGAGUGCCAAGGAGCGCCGGAACAGGAGGAAGAAGAGGAAGGACAAGGAGCUGUCGGAAGGAGAUGAGAAGUGUGACAAUGAGAAGGUGUUCAAGUCAGAAUCUGAGGAUGGCAUGAGGAGGAAAGCGUUCAGGCUGCCAGAUAACAGGCUGGGAAGGAAAUUUUCCAUCAUGAACCAGUCUCUCCUCAGCAUCCCGGGCUCCCCUUUCCUCUCGCGCCACAACAGCAAGAGCAGCAUCUUCAGCUACAAGGGGCGCUUCCGCGACCCGGGCUCGGAGAACGAGUUCGCCGACGACGAGCACAGCACGGUGGAGGAGAGCGAGGGCAGGAGGGACUCGCUCUUCAUCCCCAUCCGCGGCCGCGACCGGCGCAGCAGCUACAGCGGCUACAGCGGCUACAGCCAGGGCAGCCGCUCCUCGCGCAUCUUCCCCACGCUGCGCCGCAGCAUCAAGAGGAACAGCACCGUGGACUGCAACGGCGUCGUGUCCCUCAUCGGAGGGCCGCCGUCCAGCAUGCCUGGUGGCCGCAUCCUGCCCGAGGGUACCACUGAAAUUGAAAUCAGGAAGAAGCCUGGUGGGUCUCUCUUGGUCUCAAUGGAUCAGGUGAACGCGUCCUAUGGAAGGAAGGAUCGGACCAACAGUGUCAUGACUGGGUUGACCAACACCCUUGUUGAGGAGCUGGAAGAGUCCCAGAGGAAGUGUCCCCCUUGCUGGUACAAAUUUGCCAAUACCUUCCUGAUCUGGGAGUGCCACCCAUACUGGAUGAAGCUGAAGGAGAUCGUGAACCUAAUUGUCAUGGAUCCUUUUGUUGACUUGGCCAUCACCAUCUGCAUCGUGCUGAACACGUUGUUCAUGGCCAUGGAGCACCACCCCAUGACCCCCGAGUUCGAGCACGUGCUCUCUGUAGGAAAUCUGGUUUUCACUGGGAUUUUCACAGCAGAAAUGUUCCUGAAGCUCAUUGCAAUGGAUCCAUACUAUUAUUUUCAAGAAGGCUGGAACAUCUUUGAUGGGUUUAUUGUCUCCCUGAGCUUAAUGGAGCUGAGUCUGGCAGAUGUGGAGGGACUUUCCGUGCUGCGAUCUUUCCGACUGCUGAGAGUCUUCAAACUGGCCAAGUCCUGGCCCACUCUGAACAUGCUGAUAAAAAUCAUUGGUAACUCAGUGGGUGCCUUGGGGAAUUUGACCUUGGUGCUGGCCAUCAUCGUGUUCAUCUUCGCCGUGGUGGGAAUGCAGCUCUUCGGCAAAAGCUACAAGGAGUGUGUCUGCAAGAUCAAUCCGGAGUGUGAGCUACCCCGCUGGCACAUGCACGAUUUCUUCCACUCCUUCCUUAUUGUCUUCCGUGUGUUGUGUGGGGAGUGGAUUGAGACCAUGUGGGAUUGUAUGGAAGUGGCAGGACAGGCCAUGUGCUUGAUUGUCUUCAUGAUGGUCAUGGUCAUCGGCAACUUAGUGGUGCUGAACCUGUUCUUGGCCUUGCUGCUGAGCUCCUUCAGCGCAGACAACCUGGCGGCCACGGAUGACGACGGCGAGAUGAACAACCUGCAGAUCUCGGUGAUCCGCAUCAAGAAGGGCAUUGCCUGGACCAAGGCCAAGGUCAGGGAGUUCAUGCAGGCCCACUUCAAGCAGAGAGAGGCGGACGAGGUGAAGCCCUUGGACGAGCUGUACGACAAGAAGGUGAACUGCAUCGCCAACCACACCGGGGCCGACAUCAACCGCGACAUCGAUUUCCUCAAGAACGGCAACGGCACCACCAGCGGCAUCGGGAGCAGCGUGGAGAAGUACAUCAUCGACGAGGACCACAUGUCCUUCAUCAACAACCCCAACCUGACCGUGCGCGUCCCCAUCGCCGUCGGCGAGUCCGACUUCGAGAACCUCAACACGGAGGACUUCAGCAGCGACACGGAUCCCGACGGCAGCAAGGAGAAACUCGACGAGACCAGCUCCUCUGAGGGCAGCACCAUCGAUAUCAAGCCUGAAGUGGAAGAAGUGCCCGUGGAGGCACCAGAGGAGUACCUGGACCCCGAUGCCUGUUUCACAGAAGGUUGCAUGCAGCGCUGCAAGUGUUGCCAGGUCAAUAUUGAGGAGGGGCUGGGAAAGUCGUGGUGGACCUUGAGGAAAACGUGUUUCCUAAUUGUGGAGCACAACUGGUUUGAGACUUUCAUCAUCUUCAUGAUCCUCCUGAGCAGUGGGGCUCUGGCUUUUGAGGACAUCUACAUCGAGCAGAGGAAAACCAUCAGGACCAUCCUGGAGUACGCAGACAAGGUCUUCACUUACAUUUUCAUCCUGGAGAUGCUGCUCAAGUGGUGUGCCUAUGGCUUUGUCAAGUUCUUCACCAACGCCUGGUGCUGGCUGGAUUUCCUCAUCGUGGCUGUCUCUUUAGUCAGCCUUAUAGCUAAUGCCCUGGGCUACUCGGAACUAGGUGCCAUAAAAUCCCUUAGGACCCUAAGAGCCUUGAGGCCUUUAAGAGCGUUGUCCCGAUUUGAGGGGAUGAGGGUGGUUGUCAAUGCCUUGGUUGGCGCUAUCCCUUCCAUUAUGAAUGUCUUGUUGGUCUGCCUUAUCUUCUGGCUGAUUUUCAGCAUUAUGGGGGUUAACCUGUUUGCCGGGAAAUAUCAUUACUGCUUUAAUGAAACAGCUGAGCAUCGCUUUGACAUAGAGGUUGUUAACAACAAGACAGACUGCGAGGCUCUGAUGCCACCCAACUCCACGGAGAUCCGAUGGAAGAACGUGAAAAUUAACUUUGACAACGUUGGGGCAGGAUAUCUGGCUCUGCUGCAAGUUGCUACAUUCAAGGGCUGGAUGGACAUCAUGUAUGCAGCUGUAGAUUCCAGAAAGCAAGAAGAGCAGCCCAAGUACGAGGACAACAUUUACAUGUACAUUUAUUUUGUUAUCUUCAUCAUCUUCGGUUCCUUUUUCACCCUGAACCUCUUCAUUGGUGUCAUCAUCGACAACUUCAAUCAACAAAAGAAAAAGUUUGGAGGUCAAGAUAUUUUCAUGACAGAAGAACAAAAGAAGUACUACAAUGCCAUGAAAAAACUGGGCUCAAAGAAGCCUCAAAAACCCAUUCCCCGACCUCUGAACCGCAUCCAAGGAGCCGUCUUCGACUUUGUCACCCAGCAAGCCUUCGACAUCGUCAUCAUGAUGCUCAUCUGCCUCAACAUGGUGACCAUGAUGGUGGAGACAGACACGCAGAGCAAGCAGAUGGAGGACAUCCUUUACUGGAUCAACUUUGUGUUUGUCAUCUUUUUCACCUGUGAGUGUGUGCUGAAGAUGUUCGCCUUGAGGCACUACUACUUCACCAUCGGGUGGAACAUCUUUGACUUCGUGGUUGUGAUUCUGUCCAUCGUGGGGAUGUUCCUGGCUGAAAUCAUCGAGAAGUACUUCGUGUCACCCACCCUGUUCCGAGUGAUCCGCCUGGCUCGCAUCGGCCGCAUCCUGCGCCUGAUCAAGGGAGCCAAAGGGAUCCGCACGCUGCUUUUUGCCUUAAUGAUGUCCCUGCCUGCCUUGUUCAACAUCGGCCUCCUGCUCUUCCUGGUCAUGUUCAUCUUCUCCAUCUUCGGCAUGUCCAACUUCGCCUACGUCAAGCACGAGGCCGGCAUAGACGACAUGUUCAACUUUGAGACCUUUGGCAACAGCAUGAUCUGCUUGUUCCAGAUCACCACCUCGGCCGGCUGGGACGGGCUCCUGCUGCCCAUCCUGAACCGGCCGCCAGACUGCGACCUGGACAAGGAGCACCCGGGCAGCGGCUUCAAGGGGGACUGCGGGAACCCCUCGGUGGGGAUAUUCUUCUUCGUGAGCUACAUCAUCAUCUCCUUCCUCAUCGUGGUCAACAUGUACAUCGCCAUCAUCCUGGAGAACUUCAGCGUGGCGACGGAGGAGAGCGCGGAUCCGCUCAGCGAGGACGACUUUGAGACGUUCUACGAGAUCUGGGAGAAGUUCGACCCCGACGCCACGCAGUUCAUCGAGUACAGCAAGCUGGCGGACUUCGCCGACGCCCUGGAGCAUCCCCUGCGCGUCCCGAAACCCAACACCAUCGAACUCAUCGCCAUGGACCUGCCUAUGGUAAGUGGGGACAGGAUCCACUGUUUGGACAUCCUGUUUGCCUUCACCAAACGUGUCCUGGGGGACAGCGGGGAGCUGGAUAUCCUGAGACAGCAGAUGGAGGAGAGGUUUGUGGCUUCCAACCCUUCCAAAGUGUCUUACGAGCCCAUCACCACCACGCUGCGGCGCAAGCAGGAGGAGGUGUCGGCGGUGGUGAUCCAGAGGGCUUACAGGGCUCGUUUGGCACGACGGGGCUUCAUCGGCCGAAGGCCUGCCAGCACCAAACUGGAGAACGGGGGAGCAAACAGGGAGAAAAAGGAGGGCACCCCAUCCACGGCCUCCCUGCCGUCCUACGACAGCGUCACCAAACCCGAGAAGGAGAAACAGCAGCGGGCGGAGGAGGGCAGGAGGGAAAAGGCAAAGAGACAAAAAGACGCCAGGGUGGCCAAGAGUUGAGACACACACACACAAACACACACACACACACACAGAGAGAAAAAUAAAUUAACACACGCAGGAAAAAAAAAAAAAAGUAGAAUUGUACGAAUUAAAAUAUUUGCAAGUGGAAAAAAAAAACAAAAGAAAAGGAAAAAAAAAAAAAAGAUUGUUUACAAACUUCCUGAAAUAUAUCAAUACAGAACAGCUGUGGAGACACUUACCUGAAGAUCUUAUACCAAACAUAGUCUGCUUACUGUGUGACAGCGUUGCAUCUAAAGCAGUGACCUACCACCUGUUUAAAGGACCCUGUAAACAAACAUUUAAACACACACAAAAAAAAAAAAAAAAAAAGGAAAAAAAAAAAGGAUUUUCUAUUGUUUGGGCAGGUGGAUACUGCAUGUUCCACAUCAGUCAAUGCAACUUAGGACAAACAAGCAAAAUAAACCACACACACACACACACAAACACACACACAGAGAAACAAAACCCGCUGCUGGGAUUCAUGUAUUUUCCAAAGCAGCCCCAAGUGGAUUUUAUUUUCCCAUUUUGUUGAUUAUUCUCAGAAGAAAACCCAGAAGUCACAAUGUCAAUGGGUUUGUUCAUGCAAAACUAGGUUUGCAUUUAGUUAAGCAGCAAAAAAAAAAAAAAAAGGAAAAAAAUUGAAAAAAAAAGAGUUAAAACAAGUAGAAGCAAAAAAAAAAAAGGAAAAAAAAAAAGAAACAAAGCACCCAUGAAGGCCACUGAGUUGCCAUCGUUUAUUUGAGAUUUAUGAUUUGCAUUCUACUUUCCACAUGGGCUUUUCCUGGUUUGGGAGAUGGGGUAGUCGGGUACCUUCAGCCUGGAGCCAGCUCGGGCUGACCCCCCCCAAAAAACCCCACAAAGCGCUCGUUACCGCCCAGAAGCGAUUCUUGCAGAUUUUUGCAGAUUUUUGCAUGAUGGCAUGACCAGGGACCAUGCAUGAGGAACCACAACCAGGGCACACGCAGUCACCUGUCCACAGAGGUGUGUUAAGCCAUAAAUUCGAGGCCCUCCACUGAGAGAAACCCGGCACCAGUACUCUCCCAGCUCAUAGAGAAUCUUCCAUAAACCUGCCAGUAGAAGAGAGAAAAAAAAUUAAAAAAAAAAAAAACCCAACAAAACCUCAAUGUAACUCUUAAAACCACAAAAAAAAAAAAAAAAAAAAAAAAAAAAAACAACAGAACAUGAAUGAAUUGUGUGUGUCUGUUUAACAACUUUGACUUUCUUUUCCAUACAGCCAUACUUUGUUUUGGUUUGGUUUUUUUGGUUUGUUUGUUUUUUUUUUUUUUUUUGCACACUGAAACAAAGAACAAAAUUCCAAAAUGCUGCUCUGGACCUCACCAAAGGGGAGAGGAUAAAUCUGGGAAUGGCUUGUUAUCCAUGUCACUGUAAAUCCAAAACCUAGGGCUUCAACCAGCCAGCAAGGUCAGUUGUCUCCUGCAAUAUUUAGCAUUAAUGUUAAUUAUCCUUCAGCCUCCAUCCUGCAAUAUUUAGCAUUAAUGUUAAUUAUCCUUCAGCCUCCAUCCUGCAAUAUUUAGCAUUAAUGUUAAUUAUCCUUCAGCCUCCGUCCUGCAGUGUGGGCACUUCUUUUGGUGGAGAAAUGUUUGGGGAAAAAAAAUGGAAAAGCAGCACGUUACCCCUGCUGGGAGGAGCCUGGGGAGCUCACCCCAGCAGUCCUGGGGUGGAGGGUGGGGGUCACCUUUGGGGUCAGGGCUCACCUUUGGGGUCAGGGCUCACCUUUGGGGUCAGGGCUCACCUUUGGGGUCAGGGCUCACCUUUGGGGUCAGGAGUCACCCCUGGGUUUGUCCUUUAGAUUUUAGGACUCAACUUUGGGGUCAGAUCUCAGCUUUGGGGUCAGGACUCACCUUUGGGGUCAGGAGUCACCCCUGGGUUUGGGACUCACCUUUGGGGUCAGGACUGAGCUUUGGGGUCAGGACUCACCUUUGGGGUCAGGACUCACCUUUGGGGUCAGGUGUCACCCUUGGGUUUGUCCUUUAGAUUUUAGGACUCAGCUUUGGGGUCAGAUCUCAGCUUUGGGGUCAGGACUCACCUUUGGGGUCAGGACUGAGCUUUGGGGUCAGGACUCACCUUUGGGGUCAGGUGUCACCCUUGGGUUUGUCCUUUAGAUUUUAGGACUCACCUUUGGGGUCGGAUGUCACCCUUGGUGUCAGGACUCAGCUUUGAGGUCAGGAGUCACCCCUGGGUUUGGGACUCACUUUUGGGGUCAGGAGUCAACCUUGGGGUCGGGACUGAGCUUUGGGGCUGGGACUCAGCUUUGGGGUUUGUCCUUUAGAUUUUAGGACUCACCUUUGGGAUCAGGUGUCACCCUUGGGGUCAGGACUGAGCUUUGGGGUCAGGUGUCAACCUUGGGGUCGGGACUCACCUUUGGGGUUGGGACCCAAACUCGGGGUCGGGACUCACCCCUGGGUUUGGGACUCAGCUUUAGGGUCAGGAGUCAGCUUUGGGGUCAGGAGUCACCCCUGGGUUUGUCCUUUAGAUUUUAGGACUCACCUUUGGGGUCAGGUGUCACCCUUGGGGUCAGGACUCACCUUUGGGGUCAGGACUCACCUUUGGGGUCAGGACUCCCCCUUGGUUGCCCCGUGGCCAUUGUGGCUCCUGCUCUGGGUGGGAGUGCAGAGCUGGACCACAGGACCCUGGGGGCUUUUGGACCAGGAGGAAUUUUGGGGGUGCAGAGCUGGACCACAGGACCCUGGGGGCUUUUGGACCAGGAGGAAUUUUGGGGGGUGCAGAGCUGGACCACGGGGUCUGGGGGCUUUUGGACCAGGAGGAAUUUUGGGGGUGCAGAGCUGGACCACGGGACCCUGGGGGCUUUUGGACCAGGAGGAAUUUUGGGGGUGCAGAGCUGGACCACGGGGUCUGGGGGCUUUUGGACCAGGAGGAAUUUUGGGGGUGCAGAGCUGGACCACGGGACCCUGGGGGCUUUUGGACCAGGAGGAAUUUUGGGGGUGCAGAGCUGGACCACGGGGUCUGGGGGCUUUUGGACCAGGAGGAAUUUUGGGGGUGCAGCACCACGAGCCACGUCGGGCCCCUCUCUGCUCCCUGCUGCCCCUUGGGGCGUCCCUUCAGCUGGUGGCACCAAGCCAGGGGUGACAGCCAAACCCCAAAACAAAACCCCAAAUAGGGCAGAGCUCGAUGGGAGGAUGAAUCUCGGUUUGCACAAUGCCAUAAAGCCAGAAAUCCCCCGAAAACAUCCCAAACCCAAGCAGGAAGCCAUCCAGCAGCCAUCUGUGCCACCUUGGCAUCCACGGGACCUCGUCUGGCUCGCCCCCCCCGUCCCUCCCAGGAUGGGAUGUAAAAAUAAUAAAAAUAAUAACAAAGAAACAACAACAAUAAUAAAAAAAAAAUCUACAUACAUAUUGUACAGGCUACGUUGUAAACAGCACAAAAAGAAAAAAAAAGAAGAAAAAACUAAAAAAAAAAAAAAAAUAGCUGAAAAGUGUGGUUGAACUUUUUAAGAGAAUAUUAUAAAUACUGUAAUAUAUCAUUUUAUUUUAUUGGCAUGCCUUUUUGUAAAUACAAAGAACUACAAAAAUUAUAGAAUGGCUUCUGGCUUAUGCCAUUGUCCAUGGUUAUUUUUAUUUUUUUAAGAUUUUUCUGUUGUCCUUAGAUUUUAGAUAGCCAGGAAAUGUCCCCCAAAGGAAAAAAAAAAAAAAACCCCAAAAAAAAAAACC